AUGAGGCAUGAAGCGAACUCCAGCAGCAACUCCAGCGCAAUCUUGGAGCGGCCCGCCCAGACGAGGGGUAUCUUCAGAGCAGACUCGAGGCCCGUCGCCGCCCGCGACCCCAAGGUUCCCCUCUCAGGCCAGGCCAGGCCCCCUACAGACAGCGGAGUUGAGGAUUCCCUCAUCCUGGGAACCGAGGCGUUCGAGACGACCGGGCCCCCGGGCCAGGUUUUGGAAUUUCCUCAGGCCGAAAAGCCCACCGUGGUCGACCAGUCCCGAGGCCCCAGCGCCGCGGAACCGACCGGGGCCCACGACUAA